UGCCCUGCUGUCCUUUCAACACAACCACGUUAGCCAAGGCUCCACCUCCUCUUAUAAAGUCUCACGUCGUACCGCCUACUCUUGCGAUGUUAUGCUAAUCGAUUUUUUUUUCCUUCGCUCAGUUGGUUUGAGUCCCAGUGCCCUGUGGGAUAGCGGCUGUGUUUAGCAAACCUUCCAUCGGAGAAAUAAGCAAGCAGCAGGCGAGGAGGAGGGGAUGAAGAUGGCGGAUGCCAAACAGAAACGGAACGAACAGUUGAAACGGUGGCUAGGCUCAGAGACAGACCUCGAGCCUCCUAUUUUCAAGAAGAAGAAAACCAAGGUGAAGUUCGAUGAUGGCGCUGUGUUCUUGGCUGCUUGUUCGAGUGGGGACAUAGAAGAGGUGCAGAAAAUGUUAGCUCGGGGCGCAGACAUCAACUACGCGAAUGUGGACGGAUUGACUGCCCUCCAUCAGGCCUGCAUUGAUGACAAUGUUGAGAUGGUGAAGUUUUUAGUAGAUAAUGGAGCAAGCAUUAAUCAACCAGAUAAUGAAGGUUGGGUUCCACUGCAUGCCGCUGCUUCUUGUGGGUAUCUGGAUAUAGCAGAAUACAUAAUUCAGCAUGGAGGAAAUGUUGGAGCAGUAAAUAGUGAAGGAGAUACUCCAUUAGACAUUGCUGAAGAAGAGUCUAUGGAAGAGCUUCUUCAAAAUGAAAUUAAUCGACAAGGAAUUGAUAUCGAAGCAGCUCGCAAAGAAGAAGAAAGGUUAAUGCUUAGAGAUGCACGACAAUGGCUAAACAGUGGCCAGAUAAGUGAUGCCAGACAUCCAAAAUCUGGCGGUACAGCACUUCAUGUAGCAGCUGCUAAAGGUUAUGUUGAAGUUAUGAAGCUGUUAAUACAAACCGGAUACGAUGUAAAUGUUAAAGACUUUGAUGGCUGGACACCUCUUCAUGCUGCUGCUCACUGGGGUAAAGAAGAAGCUUGUCGUAUCCUUUCAGAAAAUUUGUGUGAUAUGGAUUCUGUGAAUAAAUUGGGUCAGACAGCCUUUGAUGUAGCAGAUGAAGAUAUUCUUGGGUACCUAGAAGAAUUACAAAAGAAACAAAAUGUACUUCGUAAUGAAAAAAUAGAAAAGAAAUCUCCACUUAUAGAGUCCACGAUGACCACAGAAAAUAACCAACCACUGAAGUCAUUCAAAAAUAAAGAGACUCUUCUCAUAGAACAAGAAAAGAGUGUACCCCACAUUGAAUCUCUAGAGCAAGAAAAGAAGGAUGAGGAAGAUGAGGGAAAGAAGGAUGAAUCUAGUUGUUCAAGUGAAGAGGAGGAGGAGGAAGAUUCUGAGUCUGAAGCAGAAACUGAAAAAAGCAAACCUUCAAUAACUGUAAAUAAUGCCCUCAAUACCAGUUCACAGCCAGCUGUAUCAGUAGCAAGUUCACCAGCAGUUCCUGCAAAUCAAGUGACUCCCACUUCACCUGUGAAAAAGUUUCCUGCCCCAGCAGCAAAAAUUUCUUCUCCAAAAGAUGAGAAUAGGAAAGAUGAAUCUCCAGCUUCGUGGAGGUUAGGCCUUCGAAAAACUGGCAGCUAUGGUGCACUUACUGAGAUCUCUGCUUCAAAGGAAGCUCAAAAAGACAAGGACACUGCAGGUGUAAUACGUUCUGCUUCAAGUCCUCGCCUUUCUUCCACAUUAGAUAACAAGGAAAAGGAAAAAGACAGUAAAGGAACUCGGUUUGCUUAUGUUACACCUACAGUACCUGCCAGACGGAUAGCUAGCACCUCAGAUAUUGAAGAAAAGGAAAACAGGGAUUCUGCUGCUAGUCUUGUGCGUAGUGGUUCAUACACAGGACGAAGGUGGGAAGAUGACAUCAAGAAGAACUUGUCUUCUGAGGGACUACUAUCACAGAACACACCUAGUUACUAUAGAAGAAGACGAGAUGAUAUGUUUACUCCUAGUAUAACAAGCUCAACAGUUACCUCAUCGCCUAGUGUUCAAAGGGGUUUACCUUCUAAUUCAAGCACUGUUGUCAAGCCUUCAUCUGUAUUUACACCAUCAAGCCUACAGAACAGUACAUCAAAUCGUUUCUGGGCUGAAGAUACUACUGGCAAAGAGAAAGACAUGAUCCCUACAGCAGUGGCAAUCCCUGUCACACCUGUUGUCAAUGCUGCAUCUACCACCACAGCCGUGACUGUCACAUCUGUAACUGGCACUGCUCCUACAGCUGACAUGAGGGAGAGACGAAGAUCAUACUUGACUCCUGUGAGAGAUGAAGAAUCUGAAUCUCAGAGAAAAGCUAGAUCAAGGCAAGCGCGACAGUCCAGACGGUCAACACAGGGUGUAACACUGACGGAUCUUCAAGAAGCUGAGAAAACUAUAGGUAGAUCUCGUCCAGCUGUAACUCGAACACGUGAAACAGAAGAAAAAGAGAGAGAGGAAAAAGAAAAGCAAGACAAAGAAAAACAAGAUGAAAAAAAGGAAUCUGACACGAGAGAAGAUGACUCCAAGAACUUAAAAUAUUCUAGAAAUUAUGAUGAGACCAAUUAUCGCAACAGGUCAACAGUAGCACCAAAUAUAGUCUCUUCAACAGCUUGUUUGUCAGCAUCCAGUGGCUUGCCGUACUCUACAAAUCAAAUAAACCGCCCAAAUAGCCUAAUAGGUAUAACACCUGCUUACACUUCAUCCACUAGAAACGUGUCCAGGGAAAACGAAAAAGAUACCGAACAGAAAGAAGAAAAGGAGGGAGAUGACAAAUCAGAAGACAAAACACAACAGAAAUCAAUACGGGAACGGAGGCGACCUAGAGAAAAACGAAGGUCUACUGGGGUAUCCUUUUGGACACCUGAUAGUGAUGAAAAUGAACAGGAUCAGCAGUCUGAUACAGAAGACGAUGCACAUAAAAAAGAGCAAGAGAGUGACAGACUUUCUAGAAUAGAGACAGGAUCUUCUAGCACUUCAUCUAAUGAUCGUUACGGUCGUACUAGCUCCUACAGCUACACAGAUGGUAGGAAACCAUUUUCUACUGGUCUAGAAAAGAAAGAUUCUACCGACUAUAAAAAGCUAUAUGAGCAGAUUCUAGCAGAAAAUGAGAAACUGAAAGCACAGUUACAUGACACAAAUAUAGCACUGACAGAAAUAAAAUUACAGCUCGAGAAAGCAACACAGAGACAAGAAAGAUUUGCAGACAGAUCGUUGUUAGAAAUGGAAAAAAGGGAACGAAGAGCAUUAGAACGAAGGAUAUCAGAAAUGGAAGAAGAACUAAAGAUGCUGCCUGAUUUAAAAGCAGAUAACCAGAGGCUAAAAGAUGAAAAUGGAGCUUUGAUCAGAGUUAUAAGUAAACUUUCCAAGUAAAUGGGUUUUCUGCUGCAGCAGCUAAUGGUAUUGCACAGAACUAUCACUCAGUUCCAGUGGACCAUGAAAGGGCAGUUAUUGGGAACUUGGGGGAAAUUCAGUGAGUUGUCGUCAUUGGAUGUUUGCCAGUUCCUGACCUCUUUGUCACCCAUUAGAGUAAUGAGGUGAUUUAAUGUAAGCAUGCAGCUGCUGAGAAGAUGGUGACUGAGAAAUCUUGUUUACAGCAUACAAGGAAAGUGUUCAAGGCCAGAAACACCUCAUAUAUUUAACCAGUAAGCCUUAGUUGUACAUAGACACCGUGCAUCAACAGUUCUGGCUAUCGAAGAAGACAGUUACUAAACACAGAUGUUGCCGUGCCACAGUUUUUUUUGUUUGUGUUUUUUUUGUUUGUUUUUUAAUUUUUACAUGCUUAAAUCCUGUGGAUGUGUGUUGUUUUUCUAACCACCCAUGUGCCAGAGGUGUUUUCAUGGUUCAUUGUUCACGGAUUUGCCUAAACCAGAUUACAGAAGACUCUGCAGAUUAGAGCUGUUUCGCCAAAUUGAACUGAGACUUGGUGGAACAUUUUUUGUAUGUGCAAUAUGCAUUGACUUCCUGUAAAGAAUGCUUUAAGUGACUGAAAAAAUCACUUUCCUUUCAAGUCUGGUUUUCUCUCUAUCUUUCACUUUUUCCACUUAGUGCAAACUAGAUGUAUACUGUAAUCUCCACUUUUCAUUUUAGCAGGUACUGAAUGAUGCUGUGUGUACAUGUAUGUAAAUGUUUGUGUGCGUGUGUACAUAUGUAUUGUUUCAAAUUUUUGACAACCACAAAGCAUGCUUAGAUAUGCUUCCCAGUUGCAGAAUGUCUGUUACUACAGAAUAGACAGUUCCAAAAAUAGUGUUUUAAGUUCCUUUUUAUGAUUACAGUUCUGAUUAUUGAGUGCUGUUGUCAAGGUAGGUGUCUGAAACAGAAGUGCUGUUUCAUUUUUUUUUUUUUUUUUUUUAAGUGUUCACAGUUAUAAAAUUGCAUCAGAGAUAAUAUAUCUGCUUCACUACAUUUCACUUAUUUGAAUUCUUUGGAUGAUUGCUGUCUAUAACUGCUGUCCAAAGUAAUAUUAAAUUAUUAAGAAACAUAACCCUUUACUGUCUAACAUUUGUAUGCACUGUUACUGCCAUAUAAAUUGGCAUCCUUAUCUUAAAAAAUGUCAGAUGGACAAAUAAAAUAUUUUAUACAUUUCAGUGGCCUUUUAAAAGUACUACAGUGAAGAUUUUUCUUUGUUUAAAAACAUAUUUUGCAUUUUCAUUAAACCAUGCAAGAGUGAUUUAGACUGGCAAACAUUAUAUGGAUGCCUAAAAACCACUGCAAUGUUUCACCAUUAAAAAAUCUGUACAUUGUAAAGCUUGCAAUAGCUGUUGUAUUAUCAUGGAUUAUAUUGUAUACUAUAUUAAAUGUGAAUUUAUACCCCUUCAUUUAAAAAGUAAGGUCAUUGUGUUCUAUUUCCUAUUGUUAGUUUUUUGUUUGUUUUGUUUUAGAAAACAGGGCUGUGUCCUGUUUUUGUUAACCAGUUUCAUGAAGAUGUAAGGUUUUGCUCAUAGCUACCAGGCUCAGGAUUUCUUGUUUUUAAAGGUACAAGGAUAGUUUGGGAUUUUCCUGUUAUGAUGGUGUGUGUGACUGUUAGAGUUGGAGAGGUAAAAUGUGUUUUAGCAGUUUCAGUAACCUGAACAGUAUGUAGAGGUGUGACCUGUUUGAAUGGCAUUGACUGCUGUUAAUUGUAAGACACAUACAGUUGCGUAGCAGACUAUGAAUUAUAUUUGGUAAAUUUUGGUGCACAUGCAGAAUUAAAUGUGUUUCUAAUAUUAUAGUGUUUUAUAUUUAGUUUAUUUAUUCUUAUCUAAAAGAGAAAGGCUAUUAAUGCUAUGUUGAUUUUAUUGGUAGUAGUGAGCAAACCUUUGAUCUGCAUGAAACAGGUUACAAAACUUCAACUAUUUUGGAAAAAAAAGUGUAUUUUGACAUAUACAAAUAAAAUUAAUAAACCAUU